AAAAAUUAACCUUUCUUCCAUAUUCUUUAUAAUUUUUUGUACUUUUAUUCCAAAUUAAAAAGUUCUACAAAAAAAAAGAAAUAAAAAAGCAAAAAAUCUAUAAAUUAUGGCCAAAAAAGCUGCUGCCCAAAAAAUUCAGGAAGAAAUCAAUACCGAUGAGGAACUGGAAAGAUUUUUGGAUCGUCCAGGAUUAUUGGUUUUGGAUGUCUAUUCCGAAUGGUGCGGCCCAUGCCUGGGUAUGGUGGGUAGUUUAAAGAAAAUCAAAUUGGAGGCUGGUGGCGAUAAUCUUUCGUUGGCAAUUUGUAAAAGUGAUACCAUUGAGGCCCUGAAGCGCUUCCGUCGAAAAAGCGAACCGACAUGGCUGUUUGUGGCGAAUGGCAAAGCGGUCAAUAUUAUGUUCGGCAGCGAUACACCAAAAUUAAUGAAUCUCAUUUUGGAAGAACUUUCGAAUCUGGGCAAUGUAAAACGUCCCAUCUACGAUAUAACUGACUACCAGCCGGAAGAAGAAAUUCGCAGACGUGCCAAAGAGGAUGUCAUAGCUGAAGCCCAGCGCAUAGAAUAUGAGGCCAAAGAAAAGAAACGCCUCGAAUAUCUUGAGCAUGUAACCGAUGUUAUAAUGGAAAAUCUUCCCGACAUCGGUGUAACCGUCUUUGGACCACAAGUAAAUCGGGAUAUCAUUAAAAAAAUCAUGGAACCAGCCGAUGCUCUAAAGAUUCAAUGUAAAGAUCGUAAAUUUAUUGAAGUGACGCGAGAACAAUUUGAAACUAUUCAUUUUAAAUGUCCCAAUCCCAUAGAGGAGGAUGUGUUAGAGCAAUUGGAUGGUAAAGAGUUGUUGCUGUGUUUUUGGCGUGUGCCAGGCGAGGGUAAGGACAUACCAAAGAUAUUGACUAAUUAUGCCAAGGAAUUGACAAAAUCCCAUACAUAUCCACCGGAUGAGUUUAAUGAGGAAGAAAUUGUGGUGCCACCCAUUUUGGGGCCUUUGGAUUUGAAAGUUGAGGUUGAACUCAAGGAGGGUGAAAUAUGGAUAGAAGAACCGGAAGAGCCAUCUUCCGAAGAGAAUCUAGCAGCAAAAGAUGACACAGGCAAACCAGAUUUGGCAAUUGAUGAGGAGCUGGAAGAGGAAGGAGAUGAGGCCAACAUUGAACCUCUACCACCCACUGAAAUGCCAGACUUGGGUUUUGAUUUAGGUCUCGACGAUGCCAUUGUAGAAGAAGUAGAAGAAGAGGAAGAUGGGCCCAUCGAAGCGGUAACCAAAAGAAAAAUCCGUAUUAAAAAAGUACGCAUACCACCCAUAUGGAUUGCGAACAAUCACCGGACGCAUGCCGCACUUGUCUAUGUCUUCUUUCGCAAUCAAACCACAAGUUUCUUGCCACCGGACCCGGUGCCCGAACCGCCACACAUUAUAAUGGCUUUUGAUACAUAUAAGAAACGCGACCUCAUUUCACAUGCCGACCACCACAAGGAGGAUAUACCCUGCUAUGGCUUCUUUACCAGCGACGAUGCUGAGGAGGCGGAAUUCAUUUCAAAUUCCAUUGAAAAAUAUAGUCCACAGACAAUAAAUGAUAAAUUGGUCUUGAAGGUCAACAAAGCCAACUCCCACACCAUGCUCACCCUGAUCACGUAUGAUCCAAGCUAUGUUAGUCCCAAUGUAAAUGUUGGUUUUGAUGAAGCCAAAAAAUUUUUCCCAGAAUCGUAUAGGACGGCUGAGCAGGAAAUGGAGGAAGAAGCUGCUCAAAAUGAUCCAGAUUCGGCAAAAAAGAAAAAGGAUGCAAAAUAAGGGAAAGUCGUUUAUUUGGGUUGAGUGGACUUAGAGCCAUAUCGUUGAAAGAAGAAGAACUUUCCGCCCCGAAAAAACGUGGUUUGGCAUUGAAAAAUUCCAAGGCCUUGAAAAAUCAUCGAAAUUGUCCAAGGAUUCUAAUCGGAUAAGCUGUGACGUAUGAAUUAUUAAUCAAAAUUGUUGUUAUCCUUAAAAAUAAAAAUAAUAAUUUAAAUAACA